AAUCAACUUCGCAUCAUCUUCAGGUAAAAUGGUUUCAUUAAGAGAGCUUACAGAGCAACGAGGUAACCAGGGCAGAGAGGGAGAAGAGGAAGGGGUUUUGGCAGUAGAGCCUAUCACAAUGAUAGUGCCGCCGGAGUUGCAGGAUGUGCCGGAAACACUGGUGUCUGAGAGCAGCACCAGUUCCAGUACCAGUGACAACGGGGGCGGCCACCCUAGUGCGCCGUCGAGCAGCUCGUCCGAGGGGACACCAAGCCGCGAGGAGGGGGCAGGGGAUGUAGUGAGUCAUGUCUCAGAUCGACCUAUAAUGGAAGAAUGGGAGAGCAGAACCAUACCGGGCAGGUUGAGCAAUUUGCGAAAGGCGCCGAAGGACCUGCCCGCCGGAUUUAGGUUCCGGGCAAUCCUACAUCAUGAGGUAGCGGAUUGUGCGCCCUCAAUAAGUGGGUAUAAAAGACUCGUGGAGAUGGUGAGGGCGUACCACAUCCCCAAAACCAUACUGCUGCGGACUGGCGAGCAGAAUGAAAGGGCGUGCACGGUGUCGCGAACAGGCUGGAUCCCAGUGUAUGUGGACCACUUCGACGCCGGCCUGCGGUUUCCCCUGCCCGGAUUGGUGUUCGACCUGCUGGUAGAAUACGAGCUGGCACUGACACAGCUAACGCCCAACAGCAUAAGGUUCAUCAUAAGCUUUAUGCUGUUGUGCGUAAGAUUGGAGGUGCCUGCUAAAGCGAUAGUGUUCAGGUCGCUAUUCCAGUGCCGGUUGUGCCCGAACUCACGAGGAGCGAAGUGGUACUACCUCUCUGGGAGGGAUAAGAGCCAGCUCUUCAAAAAUGUGAGGAACAAAGUGGCGAGGUGGAAGAGACAGUUUAUCUUUGUUCGCGACACACGAGCAGAGAGGAUAAACAACGACCUCGCUGCUCGGCUGUCUGAGUGGCGCACGCCAAACGCCCACAUCAACUACCCCCAGCUGCUGCCCCGGGAUGUCGAUCUGAAGAACCAGCUGCUUCAGUACACGCAGAGGGAGGGUCUUAUAGAUUUAGAAGCCCUGGUUACCUCGGAGCAUCUCGCCGUGUUCGGGUUUGUCGAUAUGACAAAUCUGUUCGCAGAAGGAGAAAUGAGCAGCAUUUUGGAACGCCAACAGCAACGAGCACAAGGCUCACGAGGUCACGGGGCGGGCAGCGCCUCACAACGACAAACCCGAUUUGACGAGCGGCCCCCACCAGCGCCAAUAUCGCGCAGCUCGUCACACCGCGGAUCGAGCUCAACGUCCCGGCCGCGCAAUGACCAACGGGCUGAGACAGCGGCUCCCAGCGCACGUAGGCGUGCACGUGAGGAGACAGAGAGCGAGGAGGAUGAGGUCCCCCUUGCUAGGCGCAUAAGAAGCGGGGGGACUCAGCCCGCACAGGCGGCUCGUCCUGUAACCGUGCGUUCACCGAACGCACCGUCAGCGACUGUGCGGGCAGCAGUGGAGCCCGCCUCUGCAUCGGCCUCGACAUCCGGCCCCAGGAUUGCUUAUCCUGAGGGCUUCAGCUAUGUGCGGGCAGAGUGUCAGCCCGCCAUGGUGCAAGCCAUGCACAGCUUUGUGCCCCCUAUGGAUAACAAGCGGGCCAAAGCUUUUGUGCAGCAGCAUGGCGGCCAGGUCGCCAUGAUAAAACUUAUGGAUGCAUUCAGCUAUGCUGUGGCUAUGUACGAGAGCGAGCAGGCGGCUCGUACACAGAACAGCGAGCUCGGUUCCAAGUGCAAGCAACUGGCUGCUGAGAAGGCCAGCCUUGUGGAUGAUGUGAAUCGUCUGCAAGGCUCUGAAAUGGCAAACCGAGCUGCGGCUGCAGAGAGCCGGGCGGACGAGCUCACCAACAAGAACAACGAGCUCAGGGAGGAGUUGGAGCGAGCUCGAGCUGAGAGAGAGAGCGGAAUACAGGCGGCAAGGGAUGAGGCCGCCAGGGUUGAGGAGAGGGCAAAGGAGGCUGAGGCCGACAGGGAUCGUGCUCAGCACGAGCUGAGCUCCCUUAGGCACCAAGUCGGCGAGGCGGACCGAAACCUUGCUGCUGCCGGGGAGGCGCUGAACGAGCUGAAGGCUUCCCAUGCUCGUUCUAUUGCCAUCGCCCAGGCUCAAGGGGCGGAAUGGUUUGUUGGCUUGGCUGCGUUUCAGGACGCCGUGGCGGUGGCGUCGGCAAAUGUAACCACGGAGAUCUACAACGAGAUCCGUGGGAAAGUACUGCAACACUGCCCGGAUUUUCCAAUACAUGAGCUGGUCUUCUUUGACGAGGAAGAGCUAGACGAGCAGGGUAAGAGCCUUGCUCCCCUCGCUGAUGCAACUGUGAGGCUAAGAUGGGAUUUGAACGAGGAGGGCGUGCCCGUCUGGCCACCGUCCAUUCUGGAGGACGGGGAGGACCCGGUAGGACUGCCCUCUUUUGAUGCAUGGGUAGAGGGUGCUCCUGUAGCUGAGCAGGAGCCUUCAAGCACCCCACCCAACUCUCAGCCCGCUGCUGCGCCAUCCAGCUCGCUAGUCAACGCGCCAGCCUCCGAGCCCGUUGCCUGAUCUCCUCCAGCUCGCUUUCCUGCAGCUGCUACGGACGCAUCCAUGCCCGUCGAUCUGACGGAUGACUAGAUUUAGGGUUGUUUCUUUUGAUUUUUUGUACUUUGCUUUUGUAUUUUUGGUAUUUGAUCAAAGGAUCUAUCCCCAAUGUAUGUCAA